AUGUUCGAUCAAAGCGAGAACUUAUUUUACACAUUUCACACUACCACAACACCUAUACGACAAUCUCCAAGACAACAGGUGGGAAGCGAUGAUGAGCAAUUAGUACAACAGUUGAGGCAACAGAUAGAACAAUUGACACAAGACGGUUCAGCAAAAGAUAAGAUAAUUGAGCAGUUGAGAGAAACUCCAAGACAACACGUACAGGUGGGAAAGGGUGAUGAGCAGUUACUAGUACAAGAGCUGAUUCACAAGAUAGAACAACUGACAAAAGAUGGUUCAGCAAAAGAUGAGGAAAAUAAACUAUUGAGACAACAAAACUCUAGUUUAGAAGAGUUACGGCGAGACGAUCAGCUGCAAAGAGAACGUGCGUUUACUAAAGAGAGAAGAGAGAAAGAAGAACUCUUGCAAAGGUUACAAGAAGACAAAGACAACGUUCAGAAGAAUCUCGAUGAAGCUCAAACACAAAUUGUGAAAAUAUGUGAAGAGAGCGAAUAUCUUCAUCAACUACUAGAUACAAUGCCAACAUUAGAGAGUUACUGAGUGAUGUUGAUGCAGUAAUUGAACGAUACAGGG